AUGGCUUAUUCGGUGACAAACGGCCACCCUUUACCCUCGCCUCCCCCAGCUUAUCUCCGGGAUUCUCCUCCGUUAUCGUCGCAGAACUCCAAAGCCACUCCACGAACAAUUCCAACUCGUCCCCAGAGCUUGAAUCUCAUCCGUCCGGCAGUCUCAAUUAUUACCGACAGUGACGAGUCUCCAGUGGUACAAAAUUCACCCAGGUCCCCGGUCAAGAUCGACAGUGGAGUUCAAUUACCCCAGGCUUCUAGCGUUGUCAUCGAAAAUAUUCCCAAUGACCAUGGGUCACCACAGAUCGAGCUCCCAGAGUUCGCGCAUAUGUCACUUAGAGGGCCUGCCCCGCAUCAACACUGGGAUACGAGCUACCCCCCACGGAAAGACUCACAGGCACCAUAUUCCCAGUCUCAUGCAUAUGGACUCCCCGACAGCAACGGAUCAUGGUCUGCGGGCGAAACACCGCUGAAAGAUGACGCUCAAAGCUCCUUAAAAAAGACCGACUCCUCUCGUGGCAGCUGGGAAAGCGUGGCAGUGGUGCCUGAUGCCUAUGAGCCCCUCACAUAUCACCACCAACAGCAACAGGUUACACAAGGGGCGAAGCGCUCAACCUUGGGAAUGAAUCUCAAAGACCACCCACCCAGCUCGCCUGGAAACCUGGCCGUUCAGCGCACAAGGAUUGCUCGACCCCUUUCCGCAUAUUCAUCUGGGUCAGAUGGCGUGGUUGCUCACCGGCGCAAUCUCUCAGCCUCGCCGUACCUGCACGGCCGGUCAUCGUCCAGAAACUCCACCGCGUCCCCGGAUAACCGCUCAAGCUCAUUCCUCGAUUUGCUGAAUACAUCCUAUCCCCAGCCUGGUCCUAGUGCGGCUCAAUUCGACAAUUCGCAACUCCGAUCAUCGGUCGGCAACAAUGCCUCGCUCCUAAGCCACAAGCAGACAUUUGAGAUGUACUUGGCAAACGUGAAGAAAACCGAUUCACCAGGCGUGCAGUACGAAUUUGCAGUUUUCAUGAUCAACUCCAUGCGUGAAAUGCCCAACGUGGAUCUUGAGGACUCAAACUCCAUCACGCGAUCCCGGCUGCUCCGGGAAUCGAAGUCCAUUCUUCAGCGUCUUGCAGACCGCAGUUAUCCUUUUGCUCAAUACUACCUAGCUGACGGUUUUGCAUCUGGACUAUUCAACAAGGGGAAAGAGGACCACGACCGCGCAUUCUCUCUCUUUGUCGCUGCUAGCAAACACGGCCACGUGGAGGCAUGUUAUCGUGCAGCUCUGUGUUAUGAGUUUGGCUGGGGAACAAGGCCAGAUGGUGGUCGGGCAGUCCAGUUUUACCGACAGGCUGCAUCGAAGAAUCACCCCGGAGCAAUGUCUCGCAUGGCGAAAGCUUGUUUGGCAGGCGACAUGGGACUAGGCAAACGCUACCGAGAGGGAAUCAAAUGGAUGAAGCGUGCAACUGAAUCAUCUGAUAUGCAAUAUAACUCCGCUCCAUAUGAACUCGGCUUGCUUCAUGAGACGGGUUUCGGAGACGAUGUGUUCCAGGAUGUUUCGUACGCGGCACAGUUGUUCACCAAGUCUGCAGAGCUGGGUCACGUAGAGGCAUCUUACCGACUAGGUGAUGCUUACGAGCAUGGCAAGUUGAACUGCCCCCGUGACCCUGCCCUGAGCAUCCACUUCUAUACUGCUGCUGCACAGCACGAACACCCACUUGCUAUGAUGGCAUUGUGUGCGUGGUAUAUGGUCGGUGCGGAGCCGGUCCUGGAGAAGGAUGAGGAUGAGGCAUAUGAAUGGGCUAGACGGGCAGCCAAUCUUGGUCUUGUGAAGGCCCAAUACGCUGUUGGAUAUUUUACCGAAAUGGGAAUGGGCUGCCGACGUGAUCCGCUCGAGGCGAAUGUCUGGUAUGUCAAAGCUGCCGACCAAGGUGACGAGCGUGCCAAGCUACGCAUUGCUGCAAUCCGAGCCGCCGCCGAUGGUGCCGGUGCUGCAAUAGCUGCUCGAGGUGGAGGUCGUUUCAAGAAGGACAAAAGUAACCAAGGGCAAGGUAAGUACCUUUCAUUCACGGUUGGUAAGAUGAAUCAUAGCGCUGACGAGAUCUAG